AUGUCCUCUUUCAACUUCGAUGCCCAUGCAGCCCCUGGAGGUUGGCAGGGCAGUAACGAUGAUAGCGCACUUCCCACCCCAAUGCCAAGUGGCAGCUCCCUGCAUAGCUGGAGCAUGCAGGGCGCCAACACCGAUAGUCACUUAUCUUAUGGCCAUUCCUACAACACUUCGUCUUUGGAGCACGCUGGCACUGACUUCGAUGAUGAUCACCCCCCUUACAGCUCCAACCCUCAAUUUUAUGACACUGAGUCCAUGGAAGCGCCCUCCCAGGGCGCUUCCUUCAACUACCUAUCUCAUGGCUCCUACCACAAUCAGACAGCGGGCCCCUCUUACAAUACUGCGUCCAUGGAAGCGCCCUCCCAGGGCGCUUACCCACCUCAAGGAUCCUCUCGAGGCACUGCCGCUGGCACAAGCGCAACUGAUGCGACGCCCAUACAACAAGGCGAAAUUCCACGCACGGAUGUGAUGCAUACCAUGAAAAUGGCAAUGCAGCUGGUCACACGCGAGCUAUUCGAGGAGCAAGCGAUGGCAAUCAACAAAGCCGCCAAGAAGAUAAUGCUGAAUCGAGUCAUCCAGGACUCCGUCCCACGUUGUUUUGGACCUAACGCGACAUUUCAGGAAUUCAUUACUAACAAACAUCACAAAGAAGUAGUGAAUGCGCUGUCGUCCACGUGCGGGAAGCUCAUCGAAUUCGUGCAGGACGGCAUCUUCCAUGUGUACCGACUUUUCCCUCUGCGGUACAGUAACGCGCCUGCUGUCGUCUUUCGCAAAUGCAUGAUCGAAAAGAUCACGCGUGAUGCGGACAGACUCGUUUUCAUGCAUAUCUACACCUUUGACCAAAAUGGACGCAUUGAAAUCAAGGCGAAGUUUCAAAACUUCUUCAUCAUGGCCAACGUGAUCUGCUUCACUUGGUCUCACUUACGCCAUGAGUUUCUUGGCGAGACAGAAGAAGAACAGCUCAAACAUUUGAAGGUGAUCUGGGCGCUCGCCAGCGCAGCGACAUUCUGCGGCCUAGAUGAGCAGUUUGAGGAUGAGUUGAAGGUUGAGUCUUUCGGGGGGAUGGUCGUCAAUUGUAAAUUCCUUUCUAUUCUAGCCGCCAUCAACAACCUCACUGGGGAUGAGCGAGUAGAAUUCAACGACUUUUUAUGGUACAUGUUGGUAGUUGGACCCUCACAAGCGCACUUGUAA